GCAGGUCGAGUCCUGUGAUUGGCUGCCCGGAUCCACGUGAUGCCAGGCUGGCGGCGGCGGUUGCCGGGGUGACGAUUGGAGAGGUGGUGGCCGAGCUGACUCGGCGCGUGUUCCCGCGGCGGCGAAGCAGAGAUUUUUGCUGUGAGAAUUAGCAGUAACGGUUCAACAUGGGAGACAUUCUGGCUCAUGAAUCAGAAUUACUUGGACUAGUGAAAGAGUAUUUAGAUUUCGCCGAAUUUGAAGACACCUUGAAAACAUUUUCAAAAGAAUGCAAAAUAAAAGGAAAACCAUUACCUAAAUCAGCAUGUGGCUCUUUAAGGGACUCCAAACCAUUGAUAAUCCAGGACAAGGAGGAACUGGAUGAGAGGAUUUCCUAUUUCAAAACCUACCUGGAGACCAAAGGGGCAGCGCUGAGCCAGACCACGGAGUUCCUCCCUUUCUAUGCGCUGCCGUUUGUUCCCAAGCCUGCGGCGCACCCGUCCUUCAAAGAGCUCUUCCAGGAUUCUUGGUCUCCAGAAUUAAAGCUGAAGUUGGAAAAGUUCCUGGCUUUAAUAUUUAAGGCCAGUAACAUGCCAAAGCUUUUCACAUUAUAUAAGGAGAAUGGACAAAGCAACAAAGACAUGUUGCAGCAGCUCCACCGGCAGCUGGUGGAAGCUGAGCGUCGGUCAAUGACGUACCUGAAACGGUACAAUAAGAUCCAGGCGGACUACCACAACCUCAUCGGAGUCACCGCGGAGCUGGUGGACUCUCUGGAGGCCACAGUCAGUGGCAAGAUGAUCACCCCGGAGUACCUGCAGAGCGUCUGCGUCCGCCUCUUCAGCAACCAGAUGCGGCAGAGCCUGGCGCACAGCGUGGACUUCACGAGGCCCGGCACGGCUUCAACCAUGCUAAGAGCCUCCUUGGCACCUGUGAAGCUGAAGGAUGUCCCAUUACUGCCCUCCUUGGAUUAUGAGAAACUGAAGAAGGAUUUGAUUUGGGGGAGUGACCGCUUGAAAGCCUUCUUGUUGCAGGCUCUGCGCUGGCGCUUGACAACCUCCCACCCUGGAGAGCAGAGGGAGACGGUCCUGCAGGCCUACAUCAGCAAUGACCUCUUGGAUUGUCACAGCCACGGCCAGAGAAGUGUCCUUCAGCUGCUAAACUCAAAGAGUGACGUGGUGCGACAGUACAUGGCCAGGCUCAUCAAUGCGUUUGCAUCUCUGGCAGAAGGUCGCCUCUACCUUGCCCAGAGCACAAAGGUGCUGCGGCUGCUGGAGGAAAGGCUGCGGGAGGAAGACAAGGACGUCAUGACCCGGGAGAAUGUUCUCGGGGCCUUGCAGAAGUUCAGCCUCAGGCGCCCACUGCAGACGGCGAUGAUUCGAGAUGGCCUCAUCUUCUGGCUGAUUGACAUCCUUAAGGAGCCCGACUGCCUGUCCGACUACACGCUGGAGUACUCGGUGGCCUUGCUCAUGAACCUCUGCCUCCGGAGUGCAGGGAAGAACGUGUGCGCCCAGGCGGCCAGCCUCGUGCUCAAAGUUCUCUCGGAUCUGCUCGGCCAUGAAAACCACGAGAUCCAGCCGUAUGUGAAUGGAGCUCUGUACAGCAUCCUUUCAAUCGCAUCCAUUCGUGAGGAAGCAAGAGCAAUGGGCAUGGAAGACAUCCUUCGCUGCUUCAUCCGAGAAGGCAAUGCCGAAAUGAUCCGUCAGAUUGAAUUUAUCAUCAAGCAGCUUAAUUCAGAAGAGCUGCCGGAUGGAGCUCUUGAAUCUGAUGAUGAUGAAGAUGAGGAUGAUGAGGAGGACCACGACACUAUGGAAGCCGAUCUGGACAAAGACGAGCUGAUCCAGCCGCAGCUCGGAGAACUCUCAGGCGAGAAGCUUCUGACCACGGAGUACUUAGGAAUCAUGACCAACACGGGGAAGGCGCGGCGGAAAGGGACGGCGGGCAUGCAGUGGGGUGGCCCUGAGCCCCUGCGCCGGCCCGUCACCCCCGGGGGCCACAGGACCGGGUACCCAGCGCUGGAAGACCGUCCCAUCCCUUCUCAGACGGUGCAACACGCCAGAAAUGGCUGCCUCCCAUCCCUGCCAAACGCCCACCUUCCUGUCUGCAAGGGGGGCAAGCCUGGUGCUUCUGAGCCUUGCAUUUCCUCUUCAUCCGCCGUCGAUGCCAAGCCUGGAGAGUGGUUGCCAGCAGGACGUCAGGGAGAGGCUCGCCUGCCCCCAGCAGGGUCCCCGAGCCAGCCGAGGGAGCUGCCCCGGGCCCUGGACAGUGGCGAGACCACCAGGGAAUUUACAUCAGGCUUCCCCUACAAGCCCCGGGCCCCCCGCACCCCGGAGAUCCUGGACCUGAACCCACCCAAGGCCCGGGCAUCGGCGCUGUCCCCGCAGUUCUCGUGUGGCUCCCAGCAGGUCAGCCGCCCGGGCUCCACAGCCUCCUCCACAAGGAGCCUGCAGAUUGGCCAUUUGACCAACCUCCUCCACUCCCCAGCUGAGCCAGGAUCUUUCUAAAGGGCUUUCCUAAAACUAAGGGGAAAAAAAAGAGAAACCAGACAAAAGAAUGCCAAGUGUCGUUGGAGUUCCCGUGGUGGUGCAGCAGAAAUGAAUCCGACUAGGAACCAUGAGUGUUGCGGGUUCGAUCCCUGGCCUCGCUCAGUGGGUUAAGGAUCUGGCGUUGCCGUGAGCUAUGAUGUAGGCCACAGACACAGCUCAGAUCUGGCGUGGCUGUGGCUAUGGUGUAGGCCGGCAGUUGUAGUUCUGAUUAGACCCCUAGCCUGGGAACUUCCAUAUGCCAUGGUGCAGCCCUAAAAGGACAAAAGACCAAAAAAAAAAAGAAAAUGUCAAGUGUCACAAAGUCAGUCACACUCAGGAUACACGCAGGCCAAUGGCCUGCCACCCCCCCCCUUCCUGGCAGGGCCCCUGAGCUGGAAGUGUGGGUAAUGGGCCAAGGCUGGGAAGCCAGGGGGCCCUCCCUCUGCUCUCAGCGCCUCUGCUGGGAAUCAUACAGCGGAGCCUCCAUCUCCCCGCCCGCAGCGCAGGUCGAGGGUCCAGAGGAAACACCCGCAGACUCGGGGAGAGCUUGGCCAGGAGAGAGCCCGCAGGCCUCCCCAUCCCACCCGGCGUCCGGCUCAAAUACCCACAGGAACAGCACCCGGGGGUGAUGAGCCGGCCACGCCCCGGGCUGGGUGGCAGCAGAUCCCAUCCCUGGGUCCCCACAGACACAGGGGGCCGCUGCCAGCAAAGCUUCUGUGUGCCCACACCAAGCAGGAAGAAGCUUGGGCACCGCAGUCAGGCCCUGGCCGCAGAGCAGGUGACCCAAGGAGCUUCUCUGUGCUCUGUUUGCACAGAGCCUGUUGAAAGGAGGGCUUGUGUGGGACAGAGGGGCUCUGUGCCGAGACCGCCCUGGUGCUGGCAGCUUGCUCGGUUCUUCUCCUCCAGGCAGCCAGUGUCCCAAGAAGUGAGGAUGCAUUCCCUCCCCAGUGUCACCGUCCCCUCGCCCCACGACCAGCCAGCUUCCUGCCCCCGGCCAGCCAGCAGCAGCUGCAGGUGACCACUGUGAAGGGCCAGCUAUCUACAAGCCGCAAGGUGGCUUGAAGAGGACAGCCCUCCAGGGGUCCAGGAGCAGCCCCACCGCAGCCCGGUGACCCUGAGUCCGGCCACGAUCCUUCCUGUCCCCCCCGGCCCCGCUGUGGGGGGCAGCCGAGCCAGACCCCCGGGGCCAACCAUCUCCAUCCUUCUCCGUCCAUCUCGGCAGCUGGUGAGGCAGAGCCCAGGUGAGACAGGACGUUGGCCUCAGGGGAAAGCAACCCUCCUCACCCGGACCAACCACAUGGAAACGGAAGGAAUUUAGAAUAAGGGACACUCAUUCCCAGGCCGGCGGCCUGAGCAGUGGACUUGAUAUUUUUCUCCUCUUUUAAAAUCUUCUAAAAAUAGAGUAGGCUCCCCUCGAUGGCUGGGAAGCCGGCUGUUUCAAAACAGCCCUGUGCUUCUGCACCCGUUUGAAGGGCUCGGAGGGUUGACCAGCUUAGAGCCAUUGCCCUCCCUCCCUCAAGACUAUAAGCGAAGAAAACAGUGCCACUGGCAGCGUGACCGGUUCCCGCUGGGGGAGGCCUGUGUUCCUUGACGAGGGUGACAUCAGUCCCUGAGUCUCAGGGCAGAGGGAGAAACUGCACCUGUGGCGCCAGCAGUGUUCCCCCUGCAGGGAGCAGAGUCUGACCUCUCCUGAAAUGGAAACUUUGAAAUAAAAUUCUCAGUAUUUAGA